UUAAAAAAACCCUCUCUAAAUCUCUAAUACCAAUGUCAAUAGGAUACUUUUACUAUAAUGAGUGUGUUUUCCUGCAACCAUUUUCUUCCUUCGUCGGUUGAUUGGUGAAGUUGCUGGUGACCCCAGAAGAAGGGGUAGUGUUGGAAUAUUAUUGUUAAGCUUUGAACUUUGAAGUAGUGGCAGAAAGGUUCAUUGACCCUUUUUUGAGAGACUUACUUGUUUGUGGUCCGAAACUGCUGAUUGCAACUGUUCAGUGGUCACAGGAAGCACCACCCUCCAAAGCCAGCACUUAAAACCUUUCCUUCUCUUCCGUCUCUCUUCUUUACCCUUCUGUUUUUAUUAACAAUGCAAUAAGAGGAGAAAGAAAGAACACAAGUUUAAUUAGCAAUGAAAUUCAAGAAGCAUUUUCUUUUAUGCCAAGAAGGAAUUAGAUGCUGAUAAGUGGUAUUGAUCGAUCUGUUACUUUCUGUGGGAGACUGAGAAACGAUGCCAAGCCAGCUAUGGUUUUCACUGCCAAUGACUUACAAGAAUGGAAAGAUUUUCCCAAAGGACUCAAGGUUCUUCUCCACGAGAGAGACAACAUUUCUGCUGCAGAGAUAAGGGCAAAGCUUGAAGCCAUGGACUAUAAUGUUUCUACAUUCUGUGAUGAGAAUGACGCCUUGUCAGUGAUCUCAAGUGGACUUGAAAGCUUCCACAUUGCCAUAGUGGAGGUGAGUUCAAGCAGUGCCCAGGGAGGUUUCAAAUUUCUUGAGAAUGCCAAGGACUUGCCAACCAUUAUGACUUCAAACAAUCAUUGCCUGAACACCAUGAUGAAGUGCAUAGCGCUUGGUGCAGUUGAGUUCCUCAGCAAACCACUCUCUGAGGACAAGCUCAGAAAUAUCUGGCAACAUGUGGUUCACAAGGCAUUCAAUGCUGGGGCAAACAUCCUGUCUGAAUCACUUAAACCUGUCAAAGAAUCAGUAGCGUCCAUGUUGCAGCUCCAAACAGACAAUGAACAACAUGAAAGUAGAGUAUCCAUUGAUAUAGAGAAAGUAUCCAGCUUUGUUGAUAAUGAUCAUGAGCUGUCUCCUGGAAAUGAUAAAUAUCCAGCUCCUUCAACCCCACAAUUGAUGCAAGGGACAAGAUUGUUGGACGAUGGUGAUUGCCAAGAGCAGGCUAAUUGCUCAACAGAAAAAGAAAGUGGGGAACAUGAUGGAGAAUCUAAAUCUGUCGAAACUACAUGUGGUAAUUUGAAUGCUGAAAUUACUCCUCAACAAAGGAAAUCUGAAAUUACUUUGGUUAGGGAGGAAGUGGAUAUAGUUGAUGCUUCCAUGGGUGAGAGUGUUGCUUCUCCACAUACACAAAAAAGAAAAGUUCUAAGCAACACUGACAGAAAUACAAAAGCUUCAAAUAAAGUAGGUGUUCAUAGUGAUUCAUGUGAGAUAAGAGGAAAGCGGAAAAAGAUAAAAGUAGACUGGACACCUGAGCUUCACAAAAAGUUUGUGAAGGCAGUGGAGCAACUAGGCAUUGAUCAAGCCAUUCCUUCUCGAAUAUUGGAAUUAAUGAAAGUGGAGAGCUUGACAAGGCAUAAUGUGGCAAGCCAUCUUCAGAAGUAUAGAAUGCAUAAGAGGCAAAUCUUGCCCAAGGAAGAAGAACGAAAAUGGUCGAAUCAAAGAGAAAGGAGCUAUAGUGUUCAAAGACCAAUUAUGGCAUUUCCUCCAUAUCAUUCUAAUCACACCCAUCCACUGCCUCCUGUAUAUCCUAUGUGGGGACAAUCUGGCGGUCCAAUGGCUGGCAUGCAGAUUUGGGGAUCUCCUGGUUAUCCCUUGUGGCAGCCUACUGCUGAAAAUUGGCGCUGGAAACCAUUUCCAGGGAUGCAUGCAGAUGCAUGGGGCUGUCCAGUGUUACCAAUACCACCUCAAGCUCCUGGUUUUCCUUACUCUCAGAAUAUGCCUGCAUUGCUCAAUGCUGAUGCAGCGGAUCACACAUUUACCAUGCCACAAAGUUCCUUCGAGCAUUAUCUGGCAGAGGAGGUAGUUGACAAGGUUGUUAAAGAGGCAAUAAACAAACCAUGGCUACCCUUGCCCUUGGGUUUGAAACCUCCUUCCACAGAAAGUGUGUUGGCUGAGCUAUCAAGGCAAGGCAUUUCCAACAUCCCUCCAAAGGGUUCAAAAUCAUGCUGAUGACAUGGAUGAUGAUGAUGGAUGCAUGCACACCAAAGAGUGUGGUUUUGAUGGUGACCAACUACAAAAGGGUUCCACCUGAUCAAACACACCCUCUUGCAAUUUAUUUUUUUGUUUUCUCAAAGUGUAUGAGGUUCCAACUUGGUAGUUUGAGUGGGAAAUUGGAGCUGUUGUUGGGACCAUUUGUUAAGGUCUCUCCUAUGCUGUUGUCAGGUCGUACGUACAACACUACUUACUUACCAUGAUGCAACAACCAAGUAAAGUAUUAGUAGAGAUUGUUCCUAUCCGAAGCCACAUGCCAUAACAAAGCAACAAAAUAAUAAAUGAAGAGAAAAGUUAGCUUCUGCUUUUAAUGCAGUGCAGGACACCCGUUAGGCAAAUUGGCCACGCUUCUCUACACAAAUUUUUGUGGUUGUAAAUACUUGCUGAUAUUGUUGUUGUAAAUGUGGUGCUUUUGGGGGGCAUAAAGUAUACCCUUAACAGUGAUUUUGGAGGGAAGGGGAGGGAGGGGUGGGGUGCCUAAUAAUGAUGGAGAGGAUAGGAUACACUUUGUGAAUAAAGAUGAUGAGUACACGACUUUGACGGAUGCUAACUCUUUCUUCUUGAAUUUGUUAGGAUGUUUGCUCAAUUUAGAAUUGACUUGUUUCUUAAGGUGUUCACCCUUGUUUAUUCUUCAAUUCAACUUUUUCCCCCUUUUUAAUAACAUUGAUAAUUGUUAGUCUUUC